UUCCUUGACCUGCUUUGAUCUUCCUCCUCCAUCUAGCAUCACAGCUGUGCUUAGACCGCAAGAUUCUCAAUCGCCAUCAUCGCCCCCGCUCCGCUCUGCUCCUUUUUCUUGAAAACCCAGAAACAUCCUUGAUCCCCAGCCCCAUCGGCGGAUCAAGAGACGACAAGAACCGCCAUGUUCCUUCUGGACUGGUUUUACGGGGUCCUCGCCUCCCUCGGCCUCUGGCAGAAGGAGGCCAAGAUCCUCUUCCUGGGCCUCGACAAUGCCGGCAAGACCACGUUGCUCCACAUGUUGAAGGACGAGAGAUUGGUGCAGCACCAGCCGACCCAGCACCCGACGUCGGAGGAGCUCAGCAUCGGGAAGAUCAAGUUCAAGGCUUUUGAUCUGGGUGGUCAUCAGAUCGCUCGCAGAGUUUGGAAAGAUUACUAUGCAAAGGUUGAUGCAGUGGUAUACUUGGUGGACGCCUACGACAAGGAGAGGUUUGCAGAAUCAAAGAGGGAGCUUGAUGCCCUCCUUUCAGAUGAAGCUCUUGCUAAUGUGCCUUUCCUCGUGCUUGGGAACAAGAUAGAUAUCCCGUAUGCAGCUUCGGAGGACGAGCUACGGUAUCAUCUAGGGCUCACCAACUUCACGACUGGCAAAGGGAAAGUGAAUCUCGCAGAUCAGACCGUUAGACCCCUUGAAGUGUUUAUGUGCAGCAUCGUCCGCAAGAUGGGCUACGGUGAGGGGUUCAAGUGGGUGUCACAGUACAUCAAAUAGAGAGCAGAUUUGAUGGGGUUAGUAAAUGUGGUGUAUUCAUGUAGUUCUUCUCUCUCUCUCUGCAAUAUUGCAGAGUCAAUUUUUAAUGAGAAAGAAACCAAAUCAUCUGAUUGCUUCUAAUUUAUAUUGGAAACAUAAGCACAUAGAGAGUUCAUGAUCCAUGACAUUCAUGAUUUAUGCGAAUUAUUGGUCCUGUUUCUGGAUAGACAUAUUUUCUUUAUCUAAGGACCAUAGAUUAUCAGUCACUUUUUUUCCAGCUUGUAUUGAAACUCAGUCAUUGCUCCACGAAUGAAGUACUCUGCCUGGACUAUAAGUUUAUAAUAAUAAAGCUGGUAUUUCUGGUU